CAUUGUACUGCUCCAGUGUGGACCGACCGAAUAAAUGAUUACCAUGUGGGCAUGUUCUGGCAGCAAUUAUAAAUUUGUUACAACUUAAGCUAUUUGCUGGUGUCACAUAAGGACGGAUUUCGAGAGGAAUAUCAUUUAAAUCGAAAAAAAAAAAACAUAACAAAAUGGACAUUUUUGGACAAAAUAAGACACAGAUAAACACCACCAUUCCGACUGACAACUGGACAUCUAUAUAUUCAAUAGUUCGAUGGAUUCAAAUAUCAAUGGCCGUCCUGAGCAUCUUAGGUGCUGGCUCCAUAAUCUUUUAUGCGAUUUCGAAAGGACUAGUAAGAAAACCAGAGGUGCUGCCGUUGUUCUUGUUGAGUUUAACAGACCUGCUGUUAGCUCUGAGCUGGAUGUGUGGAGGUCUUCUCUUCACCGAGUCCUGUGACGCUUACAACAUCUGCUACAACCUGCACAUAGUGGAACAGACGCUUUACAUGGCCUCGUUCUUCUACACGCUGCACUAUGUUUGGGUGCUCUACACCGGACUGAUGGGGAAGUACAGGAGACUCAAUGGUUUCCCAGGCGAGUAUCCAGCAAACACAAGGAUCUGCAGGUGUCUCGGUCCUGUCCUGUCAUGUCUUUUUCCAUUAAUGCUCACAGCGCCUGUCUUUGUAGCAGGAAAUGUGUUUCGGUGCUACACAAACUUCACCCAGCCCUACAGAUGUUUGCUGAUGCAUACAGGCGCUGUGUAUCUCACCUCAUCUGUAAAUACAGAAAUGACAGCAUGUAGUGUCAUUCAAGACUACUGCAUGACCAUAUUCCUUACGACUUUCCUUAUCACCUUCAUCGGCAUCACCACUCUCAUGUGUAAAGCUCGCUCCCUGUACAAGCGUAUCAUCACGUCUCAAGGGUUUUUCGCCGACAAUCAUUGGGAAACUCUGCGUCUUCUGGAACGGCGUAUGCUGCUUUAUCCCUCAGCCUUCUUCUUCUGCUGGGGACCAGCAAUAUUUCUGGCCGGUAUGAUGUUGGUGAAACCGGACAUUAUAGAGGGAAGGAUGGGAGUCGUUCUCUACAUCCUACAGGCCUUCACCUCUGCCUCUCAGGGUCUGUUGAACUGCCUGGUGUAUGGCUGGACGCAGCAGCACUUUCGCUCUCUCAGCAGCGGCAGCAUCAUACGGGACGCCUCCACCCAGACUCCACUGCUGCGCUCCCAGAAACCAAACUACGCCGCUCUGCACUCUUCUGCAUCACUCACCAAUUUUGUCUGACGGAAAGACACGCAAGAAUCCCUGUAAUGCAUUGGGAAGAUACUUUAAGCCAAAGCGACCGAGGGAUCACACCCAUGACUUGGCUGUUGGGAGCGUCGUGCUCUACACA